AUGGCUCGACCCGCUUGGGAUUUCUCUCAGCCGUUGACCGUUGACCCUCCGAUUUGGGGAACUUCGUUCCUCGAACGACCAGAGUUCUUCAAUCUCACCGCGUUAACGCUCGAAUCGCGUUUCUGGCCGUGGCAAGAGCAAGCGGUUCCUUACCCGACGUCGUUUCACCCACACAGCUUGCCCUUUUUGGAAUCGUGGAUCCGAAGAGUCCGUCGUUCACGGCGAACCUCGCUGAUGCUAUUCGCCGGCGGCGGAGGAACCUCCUCUACUCCGAAUAUCCGUCGUAGCAUCCGGUUAGAGUGUACCAACACGAACGUAACCGAAACCGAGUCGGAAAUCUCUUCCGACUUCUCAUCGGAGCAACGAAAGAGCAAAAUCUGCGAUUUCGUCGAUUGCUCGAACGGAAUCUGCGAGCACGAUCCGAUUCGAUUCAUGAGACCGAUGUUGCAAUCCUCGUUCUGCUUGCAACCACCAGGAGACACUCCGACUCGGAAGGCGACGUUCGACGGAAUCAUCGCCGGGUGCAUCCCCGUUUUCUUCGAAGACCAGACGGCGAAAAUGCAGUACCGGUGGCAUUUACCGGAGGAGGAAUUCUCGGAGUUCUCGGUGACGAUUCCGAAGGAAGACGUGGUUUUCAGGGGAGUGAGGAUCGCAGACGUGCUGAUGAGUAUACCGAAGGAAGAAGUUGAGAGGUUGAGAGAGAGAGUGAUAGAGAUGAUGCCUAGAGUAAUGUAUAGAAGACAUGGUGCUUCAAUGGGUUUGAUGAACAAGAAAGAUGCUGUUGAUAUCGCCAUUGAUGGAGUUUUGCAGAAGAUCAAGUCUAGAGUUUGA